CACAAACUCCUAAAAUGUUGCCACCCUUCCUCUUCCGCUCUCUCACCUAGACUUCUGUACGACCAUGGCUACGAAUCUCCUCUCUUUGCUGCUAUCGUUAUGUCUUUCUGCUUCAUGUACUGCUAACGCUGCGAGAGGAGCGCCACCAACGCCACUCUCGCGCAGGGACUCGACCGGAUACGUCAAUCCGGUUACCAACGGGGGUAGCAUGUUAACGAAUGCGCCGAACACAUACCCGGCCGGAUUGGGAGAGCCUCUGAACGCUAUCAUUUCCGGUAACUCAGACUCGGACGUAUUGAGUUUGACGGGCGAUAGCGGAUUGAAUAAUUACUUCUUAUCUAUUGGCUUCGGUACGGAAUGCUUAGGCAUUCACGAAGGAGAUGCUCAGACAGCAAACCUUGGGGAUGGCAAAGGGACUGUUAAUGAGACUGCUGAGAUCCGUUGGGAUUACUACAAUCCUGGUCUUGGUACUUGUACUGAGACUCAGCAGGGAGGAAAUCACUUCAGGUAUUGGGUGCAGAAUGGGACGAACGUCAAUACUGGUGCUAUUUUCAUGGCGGUUAGUUAUGAGCUCCCCUUAGCACAGAAUCACGACAUCGUCCCCAAUGGCUACAACCUAGGCCGAGAUUGGCUGGUCGGCAAUGCUACCUCCCGGAACAUCACGACCUCAGAUUACUCUACCUCCGGUGGUACCCAGUUCUCAGGCUCCACGUCUUACAACGGGUGGACGUACCAGACGACGGCGACGUAUACCACAGGCUUGCUGAACGCGACCAGCGAUGGAAUCAACCAUUACGCAACCGUCGCAGUGAAUGGACAACCCGCCAUCGAUGGGUUGGUAGCCGUGCUAGAAGUGAAAGUGACGCAGAAGGGCAGCGGGAGUUCCUCUAGCAGCAACAAGACUUCUGCUGCGCCAUCACUCGUGUACUCUCCGAUACAAUAUCUCACGUUGGCCUUGGUGGCCCCGAUCAUUGCAUUCUUCGCGCUUUACGCGGCGCUGUAGAUGAGGCCCGCUGGUUCGGACAUUGAGUGUGAUAUAGACUGCCUGUAGACUAGAUGCCGAUGACGGACAUUGCAGUAUUCGUCACUAACUCUGUAGCUAACGGACCUGGAUACUUUACAAGAUACCUGAGAGUUGGACUCUUGUGGUUCAAUUUUG